UUGACACCAGGAAUCAGGCCAGAUGUGGCCAUAAAGACUCCUAGAUCUAAUCAAAAAUGUAGUGACUACAUUCUGAGGCUUCCCAUGCUCGGAGCCCCUCCGUGCCAGUAUCUGUAACAUAAUAAAUCCAAUAUGAGAGGACAUUUAUGAGAGGACGUCCAGAAAGUGGCCAAUUCUGGAUCUACCAAAAAGCGAUUCUGCCCUGAGAGGAACAUCUGAUUGACUUUACAAGGAUCCAACCGAAGAAGUAAUUCUUCAAAAUCGGGGAUCCUUAACAGCAGGCAACGACCCACCGGACCCCGCCCCGUGAAUCCUGUUUUCUACAUGAGCCAGCUGGCGGGAUGUCGCUGACUUCAGGCGGCUGGACUCAAACCCCCGGGUGCGCGCCUUUGCGGUCCGCCGCCCUCCCCGCUACCUACGGGGCCUCGGGGUCGCUGCUCGGCUGCCAGACCGUGCUCAUGUCGGUGCGGGUGUCGGUGUGCCACUCCGGUAUCCGGCCGCUGUGUCUUCCGGGAGCGGGCGAUGACUCACUGCGCCUGCAGCUGAGCAUGGACCCGGGAAAGUCCGGGGAAUUCCGGCUGACGCUGCAGGACAGCAGCGGGACCGGCCGGAGCGUGACCAUUGCUGAGUUUGAUUUGAGGACGGUAAAAUAUGAGGUGAAGUCAGCAAAGUGCCACGAGCUGAGUUUGGCGGCGCCUCCACACGACCGCAUCAGCUUCAACUUCCGCUGUGAGCAGGAGGCCCAGGAGUGGGCCACCGUGGUGAUUUCUGCCCUGAGUGAAGCACACAGAGUUGCUCCUCAAGAUAAUGAUCCACAGCCCCCCCAACAGGGUCUCCAUCCUCAUAGCACCCUGAGCUUGCAACAAAAAGAGGAUACUUGCAUAGAGUUGACCCGAGCCAUAGAAGCAGGAGACGUGCAGUCUGCUUCUGACUUUGCUGCCACACUCGCCCGACAAUGUGCCGCACUCAAGAUUCAGCCGUCUGCCAAAGACUAUGAAGACACAGAAAUCAACUUGGCCGUUGCGGUUGAGGAUUCAUCUUCGUCCUGUUGUGUCACUGUGAAAGUCUCCCCGCAUAUGACUACCGCAGCACUCAAGCAGCAGAUGUUUCUUGAGUAUGGCUUUCACCCACGGGUGCAGCGCUGGGUGAUUGGCCAGUGUCUGUGCACCGACCAGCGCUCCCUGGCUUCAUACGGCGUUCGUCAGGACGGGGACACGGCCUUCUUGUACCUCCUGUCAGCCCGCCAUGCUCGCUUGACCUUCCAAGUCCUCCAGCGGGACCAGGAGAGUGCCCUCCUCCUCGGCACCCCGUCCCUGUCUCUCCCCAGGCCCCCCCUCGCCGCGGCCUCUGCAAAUGGUGCCCCGUCCACGGGCCAGAGGCCUUACGCCACCCUGCCUUCUAGACUCCACACAAGCAGCAACACUGGUGGGUCAGAGAGAGGAAAUGUCCAUGAGAUCAGAGAUCUCAUCAACCUGGAGAUGCCUCAACUCAACAAAGCACUGACUCCCAAAACAGCCUCCAUACAGGGUUGGUCGUGUCCUUCUUGCACUUACAUUAACAAACCAACACGGCCGGGCUGUGAGAUCUGCAGUACCGACCGCCCGGACAGCUACGUCAUCCCUGGGGGAUACCGACCAGAUGCACUGGAACUCAGACGGAUCCAACAGGAGAAGGAGGCUGUGAGGCAGUACCAGCAGGCAAGGGAAAAGGAGCGCAGGGAGAAUUUUGCCCGGCUAGUGAUGAUGGACGGCCGCGACCUGCUGCCUAACCCGGAGUCCGUGGACUGUAGGAUCUGCUACGUGGACCUGAAGCCUGCAGAGGGCGUCCUCCUGAGGGAGUGCCUCCACUGCUUCUGCAGAGAGUGCUUGCGCUCAGUCAUCAUGCUGAGUGAGGAGCCGGAGGUGGCCUGUCCCUACAGAGACGACACGUAUUCCUGCACAUGCUCCCUGCAGGAGAGGGAGAUCAGGGCUUUGGUGCCAGCAGAGGAGUAUGAGCGCUGGCUGCAAAGAGGUCUGUCAGUGGCUGAGUCGCGAUGCGAGGGCAGCUACCACUGCGCCACCCCCGACUGUCCGGGCUGGUGUGUGUACGAGGACACGGUCAAUGUCUUCCCCUGCCCCGUCUGCAGGAAACACAACUGCCUGAUUUGCAAGUCGAUCCACGAGGGAAUGAACUGUAAGCAGUACCAGGAUGAUCUUGCAGCCCGAGCUAUAAAUGACUCCGCUGCCAGGAGGACGACACAUCUACUCAAGACUCUUGUGCAGUCAGGUGAGGCUAUGCACUGUCCCCAGUGUGGCAUCAUUGUGCAGAAGAGGGAUGGAUGCGAUUGGUUGCGCUGCACUGUCUGUCACAUUGAGAUCUGCUGGGUAACGAGAGGACCCCGCUGGGGACCUACGGGUCCAGGAGACACCAGCGGAGGAUGUCGCUGCAACCUCAACAAUCAGAAAUGCCACCCUAAAUGCCAAAACUGCCACUGAGAAUCUCACGAUUCAUCCGGUUAUGGAAGGGAAUGAAAAAAUCAACUUAAAAUAAACCAUCCUCUCAUGAAAAAAUGACGAUUUAGGUCAAAACUGCAUAGUUAUAUAUGAUGCAUCCUCCUUGUUAUAAGAAAUGAUACGUCUGCCUCGCACAAAUAUGGAUGGACAUGCAGGUUUGUGAUUUCAACAAGUCUGCAUUCAGUAUAAAUAUAAUGACCACUUCUGACUGUUUUAACAAUAUGGUUGUUUACAAGUAUGCAGGAAGGGAAUUUUAACUUAACAAUUAAUUGCACUGCAAACAUAGCCAUACAGGUGUGUUGUGUUGUGUUUUGGUAGUUACAUACCGGAUUGCAAGUGGCCUUAUUCUUGUGCACAAAAGCUGUGAUGACGUUUUUUCUGGUGGACAAAGUCAAUGUCGUGUUCUUGAAAUGUAAUUUUCUGCAUUGGGAUCAAUCAAAAAAAAGUGUACGCAGUCACCUGUCUUGUGUGCCUGUGGGAUGGAGCCACGAAAGACCUUUGAAACGUGUCCAAUUAGUCAUCCGAGUCUCGUAUGCUGUUCUGACUCUGACUGUUCGCAUUGAGUCACAUGCAUCUGUAUUUGACAAGCCGUGCACAGGUCACUGAGGUACUGCUCACCAGCUGUGUAGAAGAUUGAUUAGUAGUCCAAUGUUGAUUUGCAAUACUUGAAUACUUUCUGAGAAGGCACAUUUAAACAUAUUUUAAUAUAAUGCAAAAGGUGAUAUUUGUCUGCAUACUUAACCUCAUGAAAAAAGUGGUCAUAGUUUCUAAUUCAUGCAUGAAUUUAUUAUCCUGAUUCAUAAGUGGGAAACCAUCAACACACCCUAUUUCACUUAACUUUGAUAAGAGCAUGCAGGCUCACCUGCACUCUCUGUUGUCCCCUGAACUACACUACCCCCUCGCACUGACAAGCCAUGAAUACGUCUAUACGUAAUAGUGUUAAGAGUAUCAGCUCUGGGUUGCUGAUGUACUGUUGUGCCUUAAUUAUUAUUAAUAAAUACCAUUUAACCUCA